UCAAUGUAUAAUGUCGUUUUUAUUUUUAUUUGUAUUCCGCAUAGACGUAUGUUUGUAGUUUGUUAGCCAUGGACGACAAAAAUGAUUCUUUCAAACUUUUCAAAAAUGUUUUCACCAACAUUAUACAAGAAUAUUUUCAUGGCCAAUAUUUUAAUACAACUAAUAGGUUUAAUACAAGUUGCACUAAAGAAACGCAGUGUGAUAGUACAGCUAUGUUCUGCAAUUUAACAACACUACUAUGCCAGUGUGCUGAAUUUCACUUAUGGAAUGAUACUAUUGAAAUAUGUGAAUUUAAGCAAGAACAUCUGACCAAAUGGAUAGAAAAAAACAAAACAAAUGAUAUCAUUUAUAUAACGGAAAUAGUUCCUGCAAAAUCGAUGUCAAAAUAUGCUAUACCUUGGCCUAUAAUGACCGUUAUGAUUAUAGGUGCUCUAUGCUUCUUGCUUUGUAUAGGUUACGUCUGUUAUGGUGAAGAUAAAGUUGACGAAGACAAAACUGUGUCCGCUGCAUUAUUUAAGCAACACGAACAGACACGUAGAAUCCAAACGACAAUUAUGGAGAACUUUUGAUUAUAAAGUUAUAACUGAGCGUAAUAAUAGUUUAAAAUAUAUUUGACAUGAAUAUAAUAAUUUAAA